AAUUAAUUAUUGAAGCUAGCAGUUUCGAACCUCAAUUUUUAUAUUUACAAUUGUUUCCUUGAUUUUUAUGUAAAUUAUUAAGCGGAGCAGCGCUAAGGGCACUCGCCCCCUGCACUCUCCAACCAACACAUGCCUUUUUAGUGGGCGACGUAAGUUGCUUUAAUGCCGUGAAAAGCUAGCUCUCAAAAAAACACCCAAAACAACGUGGCCCAAUAAGGUGGAAGUGCUGGUUGAAGAGUGCAAUUGGCGAGUGCCCCUAGCAUUGCUCAUUUAAGCGAUUUCACCCGUUGUCCUUCUCCAUAAUUACUGUGCUUUUUUCCGCUGUUUAUCUCACACCUUUUUUCGCGUAGUAUCUCACAACCUAUUUCGCCUAUAAGCAUGUCCUUUCACUUUUAUUCUCUCAAACUAAACCUCUUAUGUCUAUAGUCUCAUUUUAUUUGUUUCAUUAUUUUACUAACCGAGGGAGGAAGAUCCCCGCUACUUCAUUGUUUUUCAUUUCUCUAGAUUAGCCGUUGCCCAUUUUCAAAAAAAAAAAAAAAAAAAAUUUCUUUAGAUUAGAAGCCGCGAUGCGUUGGCUUACCCUUAAGGACCUCUAGAGUCUAGAUGCUCUUGAUUGGUGUCAUAGCCUUUGUCAUAAGAUCUGAGAGGACCCGAUGGUACUUCCUCAGUGCCAAAAAAACCAUUCAUGACAUAAACUUUCUUCCUGAAAGGACCUACCACAUUGAAGAUUUUUACAAUUUCAUCUAGGAGUUUGAAUAUUUGACAUCAGAGAUGUCCUCAUCUAAUCAUGCCAAGUCAGCCAAACUCUGGUUGGUUGCAUUUUGUUAGUAGGUUGUUUUAUGUAUAUUCUCUCAAAACCCCCAUAAAAAAAAAAUAAAUAAAUAAACCAAACAGAAUUUGAAGAUGGCCGAUAUUGGAAUCGAGGUUGUUAAGGCUGCGGUUGGCAAACUGACAGAGAAAUUGGUUGAUCCAUUGUCAAAGCUAAUCUGGAUCCAAAUCACUCGUGUGCUCAAGUGGAAGUCCAAUGUAAAGAAUCUGAAGCGAAAGGCAGAGAAGCUUACCGAGGAAAUAGAACGUGUGUUGCAAUUUACUGAUGCUGCUCACAGAAAAGGGGAAGAGGUCACACUGAAUGUCAAGAAUUGGCUGACCAAAGCAGAGAACUACAAGCGAGAGAUUGAGGAGUUAGAGGGGGACGAAGACAAAGCAAAGAAGAAGUGUUUCGCUGGUUUGUGUCCUAAUCCCAAAGCCCGUUACCAAAUUAGCAAGAAAGUAGAGAAGUAUUUGGAGGCUGUUGCUCCACUCCUGGAAGAAGCUUCCGGACCCAAGUUUCCAGAUUCCUACCGUCCUCCUCCAGAAGAGAUAUCUACCGCAGCAGUUGAAGGUUUUGAGCAAUUUGACUCAAGAAUACCGACUUUGAACCGUGUUAUGGAGGCCUUGAGAAGUGCUAGUGUUGACAAGAUAGGCAUCCACGGGCUGCCUGGUGUGGGCAAGACCAUGUUAGCCAAAGAGGUUGCCAGACAAGCCAAGAAAGUGCAGUUAUUUGAUGUGGUAGUUAUGGCUCCCGUUAAAAAGAAUCCAGACCUUAAAAAAAUUCAAGGAGAUCUCGCAGAUAAACUAGGUCUACAGCUUAAUGGGGAGACUGAAUUUGGGAGGGCCAAUCAACUAAAGGCGUAUUUGAAGAGAAAGAAGAAGAUUCUUGUGAUUUUAGAUGAUAUCUGGGCGAGGCUAGAUUUGGGUGAACUUGGAAUUCCAUUUGAAGACAAGAAGAAUGAGGCAAGUUCAACUGAAGAAGAACAGUUGCAAUGCAAAAUUCUCCUUACAUCUAGAGAUCUCAAUGCUUUAGAAGACAUGGGUACUCAUGAAUACAUCCAAGUUGGUACGUUACAAGAUGCAGAAGCAUGGACGCUUCUGAAGAAGAUUGUCGGUGAUGAAGUUGAAAACUCUGAGUUACUACUUACGGCGAGGGAGAUAGUGGAAAAAUGUGCAGGGCUGCCACUGGCUGUGGAAACAGUAGGAAAAGCUUUGAAAGGUAAGGAUUCUCAUGUAUGGAGGGAUGCUCUACUACAACUGAAAAGGCCCUCUGAAGAGAACUUCACGGGGAUACCGGCAAAUGUUUAUUCAGCAAUAGAAUUGAGUUACAACCAUUUAGAAGGAAAAGAGCUCCAGCAAACUUUCUUGCUUUGUUGCUUGUUGGGACACAAUUCUUCUAUUGGAGACUUGCUAACGUAUGGAAUCGGCUUAGACUUAUUCCGUAAUGUCAAGACAACAGAAGAAGCUCGAGACAGAGUACUAACAUUGGUUAGUAAACUAAAGUCCUCUUCUUUGCUGCUUGAUGGUCGUCACAAUGGUUUGUUUGAUAUGCAUGAUAUUGUACAUGAUGUUGCCAUAUUAAUUGCCUUAAUGAGCCAACAUUUGUUAUCAAUAGCAGAAGACAAUAUACCGAAAGAGUGGUCAGAUAGGGAGGCAUUGGAAAAUUUCAAAUGGAUCAGUCUACAAAAUGCUAAUGUUAGUGAGCUUCCUGAUGAAUUGGAAUGUCCACAGCUUACCUUAUUUUAUUUGGAGAGCAAGGAUCCUUCUAUGAAAAUUCCAGAAAACUUUUUUCGGGGAACACAAAAACUCAGAGUCUUGGAUUUCACUAAUAUGUGUUUCUCAUCCUUGCCUUCAUCAAUCUGCCUCCUAAAAAACCUUCAUACAUUACAUGUAAAUGGAGGUGUUUUAGAAGACAUGGCUAUUAUUGGAAAGCUGACGAGUUUGGAAGUCCUCAACCUUGCACAAUCAGAUAUUGUAGAGGUGCCAACGGAAAUUGGGCAGCUAACCCAGCUAAAGCUCUUAGAUUUGAGUGAUUGUACUAAACUCAAAAUGAUUCAGCCACAUGUUUUGGCGAGUUUGUCCAAACUAGAAGAGCUAUAUCUGAGGAAUAGCUUCGAUCAAUGGGAUGCUGGGGAAGGAGGAAAUCAAAGAAAUGCUAGCCUUGCUGAGUUGAAAUAUUUGCAUAACCUGGCUGCUUUAGAUGUACAUGUAUGUGAUGUCCAGCAAAUUCCAAAAGUUGACUUGUUAUUUCAGAGAUUGAAAAGAUACAAGAUCUUCAUUGGAGAUGUGUGGGGUCGCCGGGGCAGUUCCUUCAAAAGCUCAAAUUUAUUGAAGCUGGAGCUGAAUACAAGCAUUAGUUGUAGUCAUUCAAUUUUUGUCCUGUUGAAGAAAACAGAAGAACUUCAUUUAGAGGUGUUGAAGGGUUUCAAGAAUGUAGUUUAUGAGUUAGAAGAUGCAGGUUUUCAGGAACUGAAGUAUCUUCAUGUCAAAAAUGCUCCAGAGGUUGAACAUAUUGUCAACUCAUCAGUGGGGUCUGUAUUUCCAUUGUUGGAAGAACUUUUUCUGCAGAAUUUGGAUAAUUUGGUGAAGAUAUGUCCUGGCCGGUUCAGAGGAAGAUCUUUUAGCCGAUUAAGCAUUAUAACUGUUAAAUCUUGUGAUCAGUUGAAAAAUUUGUUCCCAUUCUCUGUAGCUAGACAACUUCACAAAGUCAGAGAAAUUAGAGUAAUGGAGUGUAGCAAUAUGACAGAGAUUGUUGAUGAGGAGUUGCAAGGGGUCAUGGAAAUAGCAGAAGGAAGUGAAACUUUUGAGCUUGGCCAACUACGGUCCUUGCAAUUGCAAUAUUUACCGAAGUUCAUUAGACUAUGCCAUGGAAAUGAGGAAACAAAUGAUCCAAGCUCGAACUCGGCACCACUUUUUGAUGAAAAGGUAUUUAAAUUUUCUUGUAUACAGUAUAUUGGUGUACAUAAAAACUAAACAGAGUAAUUAGAAGGAACUUAGUGGAGAUUUACCAUGCUCUAAGUAAAGAAUU